GCUCACACAACUAACGUCCACCAUCAAUCGUGACAAUUGAUCAGCAUUCACGCCCUUCUCCCAGCAUUCCUAUCACCCAUAUUUACUACCGUAUCUUGGGUCGACGCUAACCUGUAACGAUGAAAGCCUAUUGGUUUGAUAACCUGCCUGGCGACCAGCGGCUUCCCCAUGAUUCUGGGAACGCAGUCGACGAGGAGGGGCUAGAGCAACUCGGCGUCUACUAUCACAAUAUAUCAGACAUUGAAGGGGUUAACCAGCUAGCCGCAAAGAAAGGCUACAAGAACCGCGACGAGAUCAUUGUUUCUCCAGAGCAGAUGGGUGAUGUGUAUGAGGAUAAAGUGAAGAGUUUUUUCAACGAACAUCUUCACGAGGACGAGGAGAUAAGGUAUGUCCGUGAUGGGCAAGGAUUCUUUGAUGUCCGCAGUCGUGACGAUGAAUGGGUGCGCAUCCGCGUGGAGAAGGAUGACUUGAUUAUCCUACCGCCUGGUAUAUACCAUCGGUUCACAACAGAUGAAACGAAUUACAUAAAAGCAAUGAGGCUCUUCAAAGACGAACCAAAGUGGACUCCACUGAACCGGUCAUCUGACCUGGACGCGAACCCUCAUCGUCAGCAAUAUAGUAGGGAAUACCUGGCAAGCCCGACAGCUUGAUGACACAACGGUAGUCCGGGGCGAACAGGAUACCGACAUACCCACCUCCUACGUGCGAAGCAGAGCCCGCUUUGUCUCUUUGCUCCGAAGAGGGUUUACACAGCAUGCAGAGAGACAAGGUUCAAUAAUACACAAUUCAAUC